CUCUUCGCAUCCGUAUUGCCUUCGUCGUUGGUCACGCUUUUCUCUCGAUCGAUAUCUCUUUCUCUCGAUCGAUACCUGCUUGUUUGCUUGUAGCGAUUGUGAGGAUUAAUUGGGCUUGUCAGUGUUGGUCAUACUGGGGUUACACUGUCCGCACAGGAUGUCCCCGUCGACGAUUUCCUCCACGCGUCCGCCGGAACCCUCGUCCGACCUUUUGUCGUGGGUUUUGCUCGGAGGGACGGCUUACGCCGUGUAUGUGAUCCUGCACACGGCGUAUCGCAUCCGUAUGGGUGCCAUUGACGAUUUUGGCCUCGUCAUUCACGAAUUUGACCCCUGGUUCAAUUACCGCGCGACGGAAUAUUUGUACUACAACGGCAUCAAGGACUUUUUCCAAUGGUUCGAUUACAUGAGUUGGUAUCCAUUGGGACGUCCCGUUGGUACCACCAUUUAUCCCGGUAUGCAGUUUACCGCCGUCGCUAUUAAGCGGUACUUGCUGGAUAGUGUUAUGAGUUUGAACGACAUUUGUUGUUACAUACCCGUUUGGUUCGGCGUGAUGGCCUCCGGCUCGACACCCCUACUCUUGGGAUUCUGGUCUCCCGCUAUUGGCUGCUCGAUUUUCGCCAUGGCCAUGAUGGCCAUCGUUCCUGCCCAUUUGAUGCGCUCCAUGGGCGGUGGAUACGACAACGAAAGCAUCGCCGUAUUUGCCAUGGUACUCACCUUUUAUUGCUGGGUACGCUCCCUGCGCAGUACUUCCGGUAGUGCCCACGCACAAACCUACGUCGCAUGGAGCGUCGCCACGGGGUUAGCUUACUUUUACAUGGUCGCCGCCUGGGGAGGCUACGUCUUUGUUCUCAACCUAAUUGGCGUACACGCGGCCUUUCUCGUCCUCGCCGGACGCUUUUCUACCCAGACCUACGUCGCGUACACGUUGUUUUACAGUAUCGGUACCGCCUUGGCCGUUCAAAUUCCGGUGGUGGGAUGGGCACCACUCAAGUCACUCGAGCAACUCGGACCGGGUGCCGUCUUUUUGGGAUACCAGCUUUUGUAUGUUUGUGAAGUCCUCCGGAAACGGCAAAAUUUGACCCGGGCACAGGCGUGGAAACUGCGUGUACAAAUGUGUGCCAUCGCUGGGGCGCUUGUCAUGUUUGCUGCCUUUUUUCUAGCCCCCAAGGGAUACUUUGGUCCCUUGUCAUCGCGGGUUCGUGGAUUGUUCGUUGCGCAUACCAAGACGGGCAAUCCGCUGGUGGAUUCUGUCGCUGAACACCAGGCCGCUUCGUCGCGGGCCUAUUUUCAAUACUUGCAUCACGUUUGUUCCCUGGCACCCGUGGGUUACAUACUCGUGUUUUUCAACUUGAGCGACGCCAGUUCCUUUCUGAUCGUUUGGGCGACGGCAGCCUAUUUCUUUUCCCACAAAAUGGUUCGUCUCAUUCUACUGACGGCGCCCAUUGGGUCGAUUCUUGGUGGUAUUACCGCUGGUCCAACCAAGGAGAAAAAGAAAAAGAUUCCCAAAACUGUCGGCAAAUCCGAUAAGUAUACUUCGGAAAGCUUUUCUUCGUUUGAAGGAUUAGCCGCCAUUCAAGAAACAGCCAGAUUAGCUUUGAAUACUACGGAAGGCAUCCUUGUCCGUCGAAGCGUGGCGCUUGUCCUUUUGCUCAUCGGAUACUUUCUGGGUGGAAGCUUUAAUAAUUACAGUUGGCGGCUGAGUCAAGACCUUUCCAACCCGACCAUCAUUAUGCGAGCGCGCCUCCGUGAUGGUCAACUAGUCAUGAUUGACGAUUACCGUGAAGCCUAUUGGUGGUUGAAAGACAACACUCCGGAAGACUCCCGCAUCAUGGCGUGGUGGGACUAUGGUUACCAGAUUGCCGGUAUUGCGAAUCGGACAAGCAUCGCGGAUGGAAAUACGUGGAAUCAUGAGCACAUUGCGCUACUCGGAAAAGCGUUGACGACCGGUGUCGAGGAGGGAUACGAGAUUGCUCGUCAUUGGGCCGAUUACGUUCUGUUGUGGACCGGCGGUGGCGGUGACGACUUGGCCAAAUCUCCGCAUUUGGCUCGCAUCGCCAACUCGGUUUAUCGUGAUCACUGUCCCGACGAUCCUACCUGUCGGGCCUUUGGCUUUGUGGAUCGCGAGGGAACCCCGUCGGCCAUGAUGAAGCGCAGCUUUUUGUUCAAUCUUCACGGCCAUCAAAUCAAGCCGGAAGCCAAUGCACCCGCGGACAAGUUCCAGGAAGUUUUCCGGUCCAAGUACGGCAAGGUGCGGAUCUUCAAGAUCCUCGGAGUCUCGCAGGAAUCCAAGGAAUGGGUUGCCGAUCCAUCCAAUCGUAUCUGUGACGCUCCUGGUUCAUGGUUUUGUCGCGGUCAGUACCCACCGGGAUUGAGUCGAGUUCUGGAAGGCAAAAAAGACUUUUCACAAUUAGAAGAUUUCAACCGGGGCGAUCGGGAUGAAGAAUACACGCGUCGGUAUUUCGAAGAUCUGAAGGACCCGGACAGCGCCCGGAGAAAGGCCAUGGCCAAAGAAAUUGAACGCAACAAAGAACAGGUCGACGCCGAAGUACAGGAGAAGAAACAUGUCUCGGUUGACGAUAUAUAUAACACUUGGGAAAACACCGACGACACAACACGCAUGUGGAACUUAAUCAAUUCAAACGCCGUUGAGGAAUUAAAGGCAUGGCUCGAAGCGGAGCCGCAUAAAGCAUAUGUGAGGUCAGAGGAUGGGAGAGGACCUAUGUGGUGGGCUUUUGAGAAGCGCAACGAGGAUGUAACCAAGCUUCUCAUGAAGGCAGGAGUUCCUUAUACGGAUCGUGACGGCAGCGGAAAAACCCCAUUGGAUUUGCAACAGGGAGGCUAGAUUAAAUUUUGCUUCGUUCGCUUUAAAAUCGAUUUUACAAC